CAAGAAAAGGACUGUCGGUACAAAACCCCACUGAAAAAUUAUUCUAGCCGUCCCCAUUAUUGUGGCGAUCCUCUGUUUUGCCUCGGGGUUCAGUGGCUUCAUUUCGAGCACCAUCUUGCUGCUAGCACGUUACACGGACCGGAAGUUGGACGAGUAGACUUUCCUUAGUUUUCUCGCAGUGAAGAGUCAAGAUGGCGGCCCCCGAAGACCGCAUGGACCAACAGAAGGAUAAUGUUGUGUUAUCACUGUGCGCGGGAGCAAGUCUUGUGAAGGGACAAACGCUAUUUUCAAGAGACUCACAGUUUUUAUUCUGUUGCUCUGGACUGGUUGUGAAAGUCUUCAACACCGCCAACGGCCAGUGUGUCCAGCAGCUUAAGGGGCACAAAGAUGUUGUCACAGGACUGGCCCUUCAUCCAGGCAACAAAUUUCAAUUGCUUUCUUGUGGUCUGGAUGGAAUCAUUAACCAGUGGGAUUUUUCAGAUGGAGUGCUUCUCAAGUCACAUGACCUGCACAUGCCGCUGCAUGCGCUGCUUAACAUGGACAAGGUCAGCAACACUGUUACAGUGGUGGCACAUCGACCCCUUGAUGGAAGCUACAACAUCCUACGCCAAAAACUGCAUCCAGGACGUUCAUCAAAGGCAGCUGUCAAUGACAAACGGGAUGUUCACAGAAAAGCAGAAAUUUUGAUUUCUUCAUGUCAGCAUGACCAUAGGACAGUGUCAUUUGGAUGUGGAGGGGACUGCAUUGCAGCUGUGAAUGGCAACAAGUUAUUUGUUUAUUCCUUGAGAAAACGGUUUCACAAGAAACACCAUGGAGACAAAUCAAAUCCAUUUACAUGUAUUGCUUGUCACCCAACAGAACAUUGCCUAGCUACUGGCCACAAGAAUGGCAUGAUCACUUUAUGGUGGAACAUUUUGUCUAAAUCUAAAGUGGUAACUUCAUCCCGACACUGGCAUUCACUGCCUGUGCAGACCCUAAGCUUUACUGAAGAAGGUUCCUAUUUUUUAAGUGGUGGCCAUGAAUGUGUUUUGGUCAAAUGGCAUACAAACAUGGAGCAACGGGACUUUCUGCCUCGACUAGGGGCACCUUUGUGCAAUAUUGCUUGCUCCCCAGACGGAAUGUUUUAUGCUACCAGUCAUACAGACAAUGGAUUACAAGCAAUUUUCCACAUCAACUUUGCCAUCCGUGGUCUGGCACGUGCUCAUUUAGGAGCAGAUGUUUCUAAAUGUGAUUUGCCCCUUGGGUUGAUCUUUGAUCCUCGAAGUAAGGCCCUUGUGACUAAUGGCCGCCCAGGACACCUUCAGUUUUACUGCUUACGAACAGACACACAGUUGUUUCAUCUGGACAUUGUUGGUCAAAACUACAUAUCCCCAGACAAAUUAGAAGUACAAGUGCCAGUAACAGAGGUAGAACAGGCAGCCUUUGAUGACAAAGGCAGUUGGCUGCUUACAUUCGAACGCUGGGAUGAUGGUGUGAUGACGCCUGAGUAUCGGCUCAAAUUUUGGUUCUACAACCGAGAGAAGCAAAACUACCAACUAAGCACAACCAUUGAAAGCCCACACAAAAAACGGGUUGUUUCUGUACAAUUUCGACCACAAAGCCCGAGUGAAGGGCACAUGGCGGUCACUUCCAGUGAAGAUGGGACAUUCAAACUUUGGAGGCUGGUAAACAAGCCUCAGAUUAACAAGACAAUGGAAUUGUGGACCUGUGACUCAGUUGGGUUUUAUCGGGAUCACCCUGCUGGUGUUGCCAGGUUUUCUGAGGAUGGUUCUAUUCUUGCUGUGGCGUUCGGUGCAACUUUGACACUUUGGGAUCCAGAUGUAAAUGUAUUAAAAGCAGUUGUUUCCGACCCAGGCCAUUCAGAGGUCAUAAGGUUUGUAGAAUUUGGUGGAAAGAGCUCCCCUCACCUUGUUGUUACAGCAACAGCAAAACACUAUGAUAGUGUGGAACCUCAUUUCAUUAUCAGUGUUGUGGCAUGUAGCAGUAGAAGCUGGGUGUUGGUGACUGAUGGAGAUAUAAUGGCAGUUGUAUCGUCUGGUGGAGAUUUAUUUGUCUUUCGACCAAGCAGUUGGAAGCCAGUCUACUCCCACACACACCUCAUGGCGACUCCUAUAAUUAGUUCUAUUUUUAUACCUGUUGCUUCCACCCGUGAGACUGGCUUGCAGCAAGAUGAUGGACCACUCUCCUGGCAAAAUAAGAGUCGUCUGUUCUUGCUUGACAAUCAACAGCACCUACUGACCUUAGAGUAUUCAAGUACAUUGGAAGGAGAAAAACAGUCUCCACAGACCAAAGUGCAGCUGGAGCAAGUGCUUCCUGAAACACCUUUCAGUACCUUGCUGAGUUCAGCUAAACUGCAGAAAGACCAUUCCUCACCAGCAAACAAAACAUCAGGGAAGGCAUGGCAACCUGCAUCAUCUGUUGUAGAGAGGAUUCUGCAGACUUCGGCCCACAACCUACCACACAUGCGCGCUCUCUGCUCAGAGUUCAUUGAGAGUCUGCUACAGGCAAACAGCUAUGAGCCUAGUAGUCAGAAAACUGAAGAAAGCAUGGAAGUAGAGGAUGAGUAGAAGAUGGAUGCAGCAGAAACUUCAGGUGUAAUUUAACUGCAGCAACAAACAGUGGGAAUGGCUGAAGAUUGCUAGUGUCUGCAUUCUCUGCAUCAUCAUCUUAUGGUCUUUCAGCUUGCUUCUAUUUUGCUGCAUGCUGUUGUUCGCAGUCAGUUGUGGUGUCUCGUGAAACAUUUCGGGGGUGGGAGGGCAUAAAACACAUGACAUCUUGAUUUGAGCUCAUCAGUGUUCAAAAUGUACAUUUCUUUUUCCGAACAUUUGGAUGUUUGCAGUGUUAUAGAUUCAUGAAUGUAUGAGCUCGCAAUAGCAAACAAUGUUAUGAAGUGCACAGUUGUACAUUGUAUACAGAUUAUUGUAACAGUCAUGAAAUGUAUACAUAUUGAGGGAAAAAAAAAGUGAAAACAUUGGAAUUUUGUGUGUGUGAUUGUCAACCUUGCUGAGAGAAUUUUAAUUUUUCUUGUAAAAACAUUUUUUUAUUUCUCUGAUUAGUUUCAAGAUGACUUUGUAGAAGCAACCCAACUGCACUUAAAUCUUUGCCUGCUUCAACUAAGAGUGCCACUUGUAGAGGCCUGAAUAACCCAUCAUUUAAUAACUAUCAUCAAUGUGAUAACUCAUCUAUAUCUAAACCUGUCCCAACUGGAAAGGGAUGCCCAGAACCUGGUCCGAUGGUGGGGUGUGGUUGCGGCCCUAUGCUCCACUAGGGGCAAUUAGGAACAAGAAAGAAGAUAUCUAAACCUAAAACCCUCGUGUUUUCCUUUUUUGAGGAAUCGUUUUAAAGAAAUUUUUAGAUAAUAAAAGUAGAGCAUCUUCCUCAUUAAAAACUAAAUUAGAAGGGAUUUACUUUACAAUCCACUUUGUUUGAACAGCUUCAUGCUGAAAAAAAAAAGCAAACUCAGCAUUAAUAAUAACGAACUCCACAAAAUAUUCUUUAAUUUUGCAUAAAAUUUGGACAUAAAAUAUGUCUGGACUGAAAAAAAUUCUCAACUUCAUAAAGCAGUUAUUUUUGUUGUUUAUUCCUUGUUACUCCUCAAGGAAAAGAGGGCCACAACAGUGGGAUAUGUGGGUUGAUACUUUAAAAGCACCAUCUCAGAGCUGUCAGUUUCAAAUAUUACAUCAUAUGCUCUUUAAGACAGUGUAAUGAGCAUAUGUUGGCUAGAACGUUUUUCCCAACCAUUUUAAC